AUGUAAGGUAGAAAAAUCUCUCGAUAAACUUUUGUGCUUUAUAGUUUAAAUAAAUCUUAAUUAAAGGAUAUUAAAAUGGAGAUCUACCUAUACUAUAGAUUCUGUCUUUAGAAUAAAGAUAUUUAGUUUUUGGAGGUUUUGAUGGAAUACUUCAUACUUUAAGCAUAGAUUUACAUGAAAUAGGAUUGA